AUGCCACGACCGCCUAAAUUUUAUCAUAAUUGUUUUUUUAUGAUUAUUUUGGUCAUUUUGAUAGCUGCCAUAUCUUUGAAUUAUAAUGUCAACGCAUUUCCAUCACUAACUGGUGAUAUGACAUGCCCUGACAACUCUGUUAAUAACUUGGCAGCUCGUAAUAUUGACGUCGAUCAGUUUAACCAUAUAAAUCUAAUCGAAAAACGCCAAGACGACGAAGAGCAAGAUAUAGAGGCCGAAGAUCAAGAUAUAGAGGCCGAAGAACAAGACAUACAGACCGAAGAACAAGAUAUAGAGUCUGAAGAAUCAGGCGGAGAAGAAGAGGCAGGCGGAGAAGGCGAAGAAGAUAUGGGCGGAGAAGGCGAAGAAGAUAUGGGCGGAGAAGGCGAAGAUGAUAUGGGCGGAGAAGGCGAAGAAGAUACGGGCGGAGAAGGCGAAGAUGAUAUGGGCGGAGAAGGCGAAGACGAUAUGGGCGGAGAAGGCGAAGAAGAAAUGGGCGGCGAAGGCGAAGAAGAGACAGGUGAAGAAGAGAUGGGCGGAGAAAGCAAAGAAGAGAUAGGUGAAGAAGAUAUGGGCGGAGAAGGCGAAGAAGAGAUAAGCGAAGAGGCAGGCGGAGAAGAGACAGGCGAAGAAGAGAUAAGCGAAGAGGCAGGCGGAGAAGAGACAGGCGAAGAAGAGAUGAGCGAAGAAGAGGCAGGCGGAGAAGAAAUAGGCGAAGAAGGAGCCGAAGAGGAAGGAGUCGAAGAACAAGAUAACGAAUUUUUAAAGAAACGACAAUUUAACGAAGUUGCAGAAGAAGAAGAAGAAGAAGAAGGAGGCGAAUACGCAAACGAAGAAUAUGUUGAAGAAGAAGAAGAACCACCUAUAAGCAAUUUUCCAGACUUAGAUGAAGAUGAGUAUUAUGAAGAAGAAUACGGUCAAAAUAGAUACGAUGAAGAAGUUUAUGAAGAAGAUUUUCUUCGUAAAAGAGAAAUCGAAAAUCUUCAAGGAAAUAAUCAUAAGCUUGAUUCACUUCAUCGUCGACAUUAUAAUGAGCAAUCUUUUAUUCAGUAUCCUCAAAAACAUCAUCAUCAUCGGUCUCAAUUUCUAGAGCCUGCUCUAAUUAAAUCACGCUGUAUACAUGAGGAGUUGUAA